AUGCCCGCCCACCCGCUGCCCUGCCCCGUCCCAGCCUCCCGGUCCCAACUUGUCUGCCUGCCCGCCUGCUUCUCUCCGGGAGUAUGGGGCGUUAGCCGAGGACGAAACAUGCUCGCCGUCCGCUGCGCUCUGCUGGCUGCCCUUCUGGCCGCGCCGGGCACGGCAGUGAGCCCUGGAACUUGCCCAGCGCCGGAUGUCCGAAGUGAUGUGCUGACAAGCCUGCCAGGGGCCAAUGUUACGCUGACCUGCCCAGGCGUGAAACCAGGAAGCAACGGCACCGUCCGCUGGUUGCUCAAGAAUUUGGCUCGUGGCAGAUGGGCCAGCGUGGGGAGCAGUCUGCUUCUGAGUUCAGUGCAGCCCAGUCACUCUGGAAACUAUUCCUGCUACCAAGAUGGCCAGUCAGCGGGGACUGUGUGCCUGCUGGUGGAGGAUCCUGAGAAUCUUGAAGUUGACGUUGCAGGGUCCUCCUUCAUUCCGGUAUUAACUACUGAGGCAGCCAGUGAUGAGAAUACUCCCCCUCUAUUUCCUGCAAACACCACAAGCCUCCCAGUACAAAAUGCUUCUUCUGUACAAUUGUCCACAUUCCUGGUGGCUGGAGGAAGCCUGGCCCUCGGAACGCUCCUCUGCAUUGGCAUUGUGCUGAGGUUCAAGAACACCUCAAAGCGGCGAGCACUGAAAAAAGCCAAGACGAGCAUGCAUCCGCCAUAUACAAUGGGGCAAUUAGUUGCUGAGCGGCCCAAGGCCGCCCCAGUCCUGGAUCAGCUCAACUCUCCGCCUGCGUCCCCCAGCAGCCUUGGGUCUGACAAUGCUUCUUCAGGCCACAGCCAACCAGGUGCCCAGGACCCACAGAGCUCUUAUGACAUCAACAACAGAGACUAUUUCUUCCCCAGAUGA